AUGCACGUGAUAGUGAUUGUGGCGUCAGUGGUGGUGCUGUCGGUGGGAAGCAGCGGUCAGGUGUUCGCCACGUCGGCCCUCAGAGGCCUGCGCUUCUUCCAAAUCCUGCGCAUGGUGCGCAUGGACCGGAGGGGUGGAACAUGGAAGUUGCUCGGGUCUGUCGUCUACGCCCACAGACAGGAGCUGUUUACGACUCUGUACAUUGGUUUCCUGGGGCUUAUUUUCUCCUCUUUUCUCAUUUACUUGGCCGAAAAGGAGGCGAAUCCUCAACAUUUCAGCAACUUUGCCGAUGCACUCUGGUGGGGAGUGAUUACUCUUUGCACUGUGGGCUACGGUGACACCGUCCCGAUCACGUGGCCUGGAAAACUGAUAGCAGCCUUCUGCGCACUCCUAGGGAUCUCCUUCUUUGCACUUCCCGCAGGCAUUCUAGGCUCUGGAUUUGCGCUAAAAGUGCAGCAGCAGCAGCGCCAGAAACACAUGAUCAGGAGGAGAGUCCCUGCGGCCACACUCAUUCAGUGCCUGUGGAGGUGCGUCGCCGCCGACCACAACUCCAGGUCCGUUGCCACCUGGAAAAUCCACCAGGUGCCGCUGCCGUCGCCACCGCCUUUUAAACACAACACCUCAUUCGUCAGUCGAUUCUCAACCAUUCGACGUCACAGGCCACCUUUUACACACUCUCCAAUGGCGAGAAGUCGCUGCAGUGACGUCAACACUUCGUCCGACAACCUUAGUGGUCGUAUCAGACCAAGUGUCUCGGAGGAUUCCGUAUCUAAAGAUUUCUCAGAAACUUCCAAAAGAAAUUCAGACGAGGAGGAAACAGAGGAGCCUCGGUUGACAACGCUAACUAAACAACACAAAAAUGCCAUUAGAGCCUUACGAAAGAUCAAAUACUUUGUAGCGCGCAGAAAAUUUAAAGAAGCUCUUAAACCCUAUGACGUUAAAGACGUCAUUGAACAGUAUUCUCAAGGUCACGUUGAUCUGUUGGGUAGAGUAAAAAGUUUACAGUCCAGAUUGGACCAAAUUUUAGGCAAAGCGGGAUCAAAGGCGAAGGAUGUCUAUGAAUCAAAAGUGAGCUUAGCUUGCCGCAUUGUCAAGGUGGAAAGAGCGGUGGAAGAAAUUGAAUCGAAACUUGAUCAAUUAAUUGAAAUGUACCUUGAGGAUCGCGGCAAUAUGGCUCUCAACUACUUGGGAACACCACAGUCGAUCUCUUCACCCAUCUGCUGCACCCCACCUCCGCCGCCACCGCCACCAAUCCCCAUCCUAUCCGCGGUGCCAAAGCCACACCGUUCCAUUCUUCACAUAGAACAACACUCCUCUCCAGAAGGCUCCUCACCUGUGUCGAAGACAUUCCCAAGAAGUAUACACAGGGUCCACUCUGACAUCGGACAAAGAGUAAAGAAAAAAGUCACUCUCCGGCACUCGCUGGACGGCGAACCGAGCAUCACCAGAUCCUACCCACUCGAAGAAAGCAACCAAGAAUCCAAGUUCGGGUCUCUUCGUGAAUCUUCGGAACCCGUCGGGAUCCACUUCUUCAAAGACUCUUUGCAAAGUGUCGCAGACUCAGCGAGCCCUUCGCAGACAAGGCACUCCACAGACUCCGUCUUCAAGGAGGAACAUCCGGGACAUGACAGUUUCUCGCUUGAGGUUCCCGAAGAGUGUGCUCCUCACCACGAUGAGCUUCCAAUGGAGUCAACUCCUUGUGUAAGGGACUUUUCUGGUCCCGGAUGUUCCUCCACGUUGGACUCCAAUGACCAGGCUGUGUUCACGCUGCAUUCUGUGGAUGGCGUUGGGAACAGGGAAGAGGACACGAAUGGUAGUGCUUUAUAA